AUGACGAUGAGCCGGAGACGGGAAGGAAAAAAGCAUGUGGCCGAUGGACCGAAUCCCGAGGACGAACCCGACGAGAGAUUGCCUGAGCGACUGUUUGCGGCGGAUAGAUACACUAGCAGCAUAAAAGUUAUCUCCAAAUUUGCAGGCCUAUCAAGCAAAUGUCUAGAGUUAGUCGAGGCAAUCGUUGAUCGGUUUGUGGAAGCAUGCAAUCCACGUGACAUGCUUUCAGUUCUCUGUGAGGCACUCGAUGCUGCACGGGUCUCUCUUUCACUCUCCACUUCUUCUACUCCUUUAUUACACGGGCUCUCUAAAGUUUUUAUUUCUGUUCGGGGACGUCACUACGAGCAGCUAAAAGUGGCAGUUCCAAUUGUCUUGAACGUUUUGAAGGACAUGUCUUUGGAGCCUAACAUGCAAGUCGAAGGUCUAUUUGAUAAGGCUCUAGGCAUUGCCGUUUCCAUUAAAGAUGUUGCUUCAAAACUGGUAAGGAAGAAGGCUCAAAAGUCUGUUGUUUUGCUUGGUCUCUAUGUGAUGCAGAUAACGGCUGUUCUUUCAGUUAGCAUCAAAGACAAGGUGGACUCUGGGGUUCCUCUGGUGAUGCAGUUAAAACCUUUAUUGGCAUAUUGUGGCUUAACACACCUUGGUUUAAUCACUGGAAACGACGCUGAUAGAUUAACAAGCACGGUUUCGAAAGAUGAUGAUGGUGAUGAUGACUUCCUCAAUUCUUUCCAUGACAUCAAUUUGGGUGCAUCACUUCUAUUCGUCUGGGGGAGGAUCUCACCUGAGUUUGCAGAUGUUGCUAGUGAUGUAAAUGAGCUUCAGAGUGAGCACAAGCAGCUUGCAAGCUACGGACUGUGA